UAGCGUAACCUAUUAGAGGAAUAACCUCUAACCGCGGGCGCCAUUAGUUGUUUUUUAUUUUUCUUUAUUAAUUAAUACAUGCAUGCAUUUUGUCCCGGUGGAAUAUAAGAAUUAAUUAAUUCGAUAUUUAAGAUGGUGGGGAAAAUAGUGGUUUCUUUGGUAUCGUUGUUUCUUGUGGUGGGUGUUGUAUUGGGAGUGGCGAUCGUGGUGCACAAAGGGUCAGGACAAAAUCCGAAAGUCCAAAUGAAGGCAUCGAUUGUGGAGUUCUGUAAACCUGCGGAAUUCGAAAUAGCUUGUUUUAAGAGCCUUGAUGCAGUGUCUAAGAACGAUAGUGCUACGAUGAAAGACUACCUGUUAGCUUCGUUGCAAGUGACAGGGGAUGAAAUAAAGAAAUCUUUAGCGGUGGUGGAAAAGGGUAGUCCUAUCGAUAAUAAAACGGAUCCGUACAAUCACAUGGCAGUAGAGGAUUGCAAAGAGCUGUUGCAAUAUGCGGCGGAGGAACUCCACGACUCCUACUCUAUGGUUGGGGAUACCGCAUUGCAUUCCCUUGGGGAUCGUGUAAGCGAACUAUUGAACUGGCUCGGUGCGGUCUACUCCUAUCAAAGCAUGUGUCUCGAUGGUAUAAUCGAUAAGCCUGAUUACAAAGAAGCCUUAGAAAAUGGCAUGCGGAAUGCAACCCAACUCACACACAAUGCAAUCAACAUUGUAGCAAAGAUUUCAACCGUCCUCCAAGCCUUCAACAUCUCAAGCACCAUAACUACAUCAACAUCUAGUCAUCGUCGCCUCCUUGGUUACCCUACCUGGUUCCCUGUUGCCGACCGUAAGCUUUUAGCAGGAGGACGACAUAGGACAGCUCCUCAUGCAGUGGUCGCCAAGGAUGACAGUGGUCAGUACAACACCGUCGCUGCUGCCCUCGCUGCCUAUCCUAAAAACCAUAGAGGCAAAUACAUAGUCUAUGUCAAAGCUGGAAUCUAUGACGAGCAUGUCAUCAUCUCUAAGAAGCAACCAAACGUCUUCAUCUAUGGCGAUGGAGCAGGGAAAACCAUUAUUACUGGACAUAGAAACUUUGGUAUCAUGAAAAUACCCACCCAAGACACAGCUACUUUUGCUGUUCUUGGCAAUGGAUUCGUUGCUAGGGGAAUUACCUUCCGCAACACUGCUGGUCCACAAGGUCACCAAGCUGUGGCUCUUCGAAUUAACGGUGAUAUGGCUGCUGUUUUUGACUGCAGCAUUGAAGGUUAUCAAGAUACCUUGUACUAUCAAAACCAUCGCCAAUUUUAUCGCAACUGUGUCAUAUCUGGUACGAUAGAUUUCAUCUUUGGAAGAGGAUCAGCAGUAAUCCAAAAUAGUUUGAUCAUAGCGAGGAGACCUUUGGACAGCCAGUUCAACACGAUCACCGCUGAUGGCAAAGAAAUAGCGAACAAACCAGGUGGUUUGGUGUUCCAGAACUGCAGAAUCGUUCCAGAAAGGGAAUUGUUUGCAGAUAGGUUCAAGCUGGCAACAUACUUGGGCCGUCCCUGGAAGCCUUACGCAACGACUGUAUUCAUGGAGAGCGAAUUGGGUGAUUUCAUCCGCCCAGAAGGUUGGAUGAUAUGGCAAGGACAAUCAUUCGAGCGGACAUGUAAUUACUACGAGUUUGCCAACCGCGGACCGGGUGCAAACAUCAAUAACAGGAACAAGAGCUUCAAGAACUUCCGUCUUAUUAACCCAGUUGAAGCUGUUCAAUACACAGUCGACCGCUGGAUUAAUGGAUAUCUUUGGUUGAGGCACACUGGUGCACCGUUUUACCUUGGCCUUGGAGGAAGAUAAUUUC